AUUUCGAUGAUUUCAGAUGAUUUUUCUCGCGUUUUUCCUUGCUUUAAUCACAAUCUCCUCCUACGCGGCGGAUGAAUCUUGCAGCGUAAACACGGCAGACAGAGAGAAAGAGGAUGCGGAGAAAUGUUUGAUAAUGUUGAAACCGGAUACCGUGAACCGUGGUCUGGUUGGAGAAUUGAUCCAGAGGUUUGAAAAGAAAGGAUUUACUCUCCUUGAGAUGAAAAUGGUCCAAGCAGAAAGAUCCGUCCUGGAGGAACAUUAUCAGGAGCAUACCGGCAAAUCAUUUUUUCCUGGAUUGUUAGAUUACAUGGUGAGUGGUCCAGUUGUACCUAUGGUGUGGCGAGGGAAGAAUAUUAUUACUAUCUCCAGAAGGAUGUUGGGUGCAACUGAUCCAUUAGAGAGUCUACCAGGAACUAUCAGAGGUGAUCUUGGAGUGAGUAAACAGAUGAACCUGUGUCAUGUUUCUGAUUCUUUGGAUUCUGCAGAACGAGAGAUUAAGCUCUGGUUUCCUGAAUCUAAUUCUAGUAAAAGGAUUGAUCCUCUCUCCGCCUGGAAAGCAUAAACCCUCAAAUCUGUCAAACAUGUUUUCCUCUAAGUGGAGAAAUGUCGGUUUCCUUUUCAGAUAUUUCUAUUAUUAUUAUCUUCAACAUUACCCCGGAACUAGGAUCAUCCUAGUAACAGAACUGGGACCAUAUUUAAAGGGAGUGACCGGCAAUGUAUGGUAGUUGAACUGAGCAUUGUGGAGAAAUUUUUUAGGUAUCAUUUGAGACCUUUGAGAUGUUUUUACGGUGCAUAUUUGUUCAGCAAGAGUGCAAAUUCAAUCUUUAUAAUCCAAUUAGAUGUUUAUGAACAUUGUCGGUCACUCCUUUUAAUGAUUAGCAAGAAGUCGUUGAACUACGUAGAGAUCUUUUAAUUUAACUGUGAAUCGGUCAUUCAAGAUUUAAGUCAAAGAGCACUUAAAAGAUUCUUGAACCGCCGGUAGAUAGUUCAGCGACCUGUCUCCAAUUUAUAAAAUUUUAUACCAGAUCCCUUUUCUAAAUGUAAGAUCUUGCUGAACCUUUAUCAUCCUGGAUUGAAAUAUGAAAGACAUGUCUGUAAUCGUCAAGUUUCAACAUUGAAAUUAAAGCUGCAAAGAAAUAUUUUUUACAAUAAACAUACAGGGUUUACUUCGUUUUAAGUCACGCUGCGGUUGUUUUUUCUCUAAUGUUUUAAUUAGAACUAUGUAUUUAUUAAUUAGAAAUUAUUUUCCAAUUCUGUGAUAAUAUAAAUAUUUGUUCGA